UUCUUGCUUUACUUUUUCAACCCUUUCCGCGAGCUCUGUUGGCCGGCACAAUUUUGCCCUUGGUGUCGCCUGGGUAUAUAAGUUGCCCCCGCCGCAAAGGUAGCCAUCAGAGUUUCGCCAGAACCUCCUGAGGAAUACCAGCACCAUGAACACCCUCAUCGUUUUCGCCGCCCUCAUCGCCGCCGCCAGCGCUGGCUUUGCCGGAUACGGCUAUGGCGGCUAUGGCGGAUACGGCCACGGCUACGGCCACGGCCACCACGCUGUCGCCGUUCCCGUCAAGACCGUCUCCUACGUGAAGAAGCCCGUCGUCAGCGUCGGCUACGUCACCAAGCCCGUCGUGACCUACGUCAAGCAGCCUGUUGCCACCGUCUCCCACACCGUCCAGCCCGUCGUGUCUGUCAGCCACGCCAUCGUCUCCGCCGGCGGAUAUGGAGGAUACGGCGGAUACGGUGCUGGCUACGGCGGUCUUGCCGGCGCCGGCUAUGGCGGCUACGGCCAUGGUGGAUAUGGCGGUCUCGGCUACGGCCACGGCGCUUACCUCAAGGGAGGCUACGGAUACCACUAAAUUCUGGCGUAAACUACGACAGCUACCUUGCUUGUACCUGCGGUGCGAGCACAUCGGUGGCGAAAUUCACGAAAAAGUCCACGCUUGCAGCAUCCCGCUACUUGUGUAUUUAUUGUGAACAAAUAAAAACCUGCCAUGAUUCACGCAUCUA